GGCCCUGGGCGUCAUUGGUAUCACACCUUCCCUGUUAAGGGCGAGUGCAGGGGGGAAUAGCUCUGUCUACAGAUACAGCAACAGACUAGCAUAGCUCCUCGGAGGACAUAACCAGGAAUGUUAAAAUGCCAAAACUUUUGUUUUCAAAGAUUCGAUUCUAUGAGGUUAAGGAUCUGAUGCAAAAUGUGAAGCGGUCCAGAAGAACUGAUAUUGUUCUUAACCGAAAGAGGCAUAAGGAGGACAUUCAGUGCCUUACGGUUCAAAAAAUAGGUGAUGAGACACAGCCUUCAAAACUCAGUUGGAAGACUGAGCAUAAACUGCGCUCAACAAUGGAAAAAAUACUACGGGAUAAAAAAUAUUUAGCAGCAUUCCACGCCUUCCUGCGGUCUGAGUUCAGUGAAGAAAACAUCGAGUUCUGGCUCGCAUGUGAAGACUUUAAGUCAACCGCCUCACCAGAUGACCUUCGCCGGAAAGCCAAGCAGAUUUACCAGGAGUUCAUCCAGCCUACAGCCAGCAGAGAGAUCAAUGUUGACCACCACAUCAGAGAGAAGAUUAAGAAGUCUUUGGAGAAGCCGACACACUCCUGCUUCGAUGAGGCCCAGAAACAUGUGUACCUGUUAAUGGAAAGAGACUCAUGCCCCAGAUUCCUGAACUCAGAUUCCUACCUGAGUCUCAAGCACAAGUCCAGGAGUCUUUGGUACAUUUAGCCCGAGAAAGAAACUGGCGCUGCUUCUCUAAUGCUCACUAUUUCUCUUUAUUAUUCGCCAAAUUUGAAAAGUUAUUUCGCACUGUGUGAGAGGUGAAAUGUUGUUGAAAAUAAAGCAGGGCAAACACCACAAGAGAAAUGCAUGUGAGUGGAAAAAGGUACAGAGGGGAGAAAGAAUGCUGUUGGUAAGUGUCAGUACUUUGGGAGUUGUUUGAAAUACUGUAUGUGUUAACUGAAGGUCUUAGUAAGUUAAUGUGCAGUGUGCAAAUCAAGAAAUGUUAACUGUUUCUGACAUGCAGAAUAAAAUGACCUAGUUUUCAUGAAAUGGCAAAUAAAUUUGGGAUUUUACAAA